CCAUCUGAGGAGCGCAUAGCCUCGUGCCCGCCCGCCCGCCCCACCCUCUGGCCCAGGUCGUCCACGCUGCUCAGGGUCUGAGACACUGACCUUCACUGGCCAGCUCAGGGUUCCCAGGACUCUUUCUCUAGAGCUGUCCAGCUGUGAACCCAGGUGUUGUUACACCUGAGGGGAGGAGUGGGCUGUCAAGGCAGCAGAGCGGGAGCCCUCUGGGGCCUCAGGUGGAGGCGUGAAACUGGAACCUGCGGGGAACAUGAGUGAAUUCUGGCACAAGCUGGGCUGCUGUGUGGUAGAGAAACCCCAGCCGAAGAAGAAGAGGAGACGGAUCGACCGGACCAUGAUUGGGGAACCGAUGAAUUUUGUCCACCUGACUCACAUUGGCUCUGGGGAGAUGGGGGCCGGAGAUGGACUUGCCAUGACAGGCGCGGUGCAGGAGCAGAUGCGUUCCAAGGGAAACCGGGACAGGCCGUGGAGCAAUUCUCGGGGCUUGUAGCUCCACCGGGAAGGGUUCUACUAUCUGAAACCUCCACUCGGUCCAGUCCAGAAGAGAUGCUCCCCCACCAGAUCCCUCCUAGAACCAGUGCCCUGGGCCCCCGUUUUGCCUUGUCUGCCUAACAGUGCCUCAGAAGGCGUGGGGGCUGGACUCCCUCUGCUCCCUCUGGCUGUAGCCCCUCCUGGUGAUGGGGCCAAGGCAGCAGGACUGAACAAGUGACUACUGGUGGUCAGAGGCACUUAGCCGAAGCCGUGGACACGCUCAGAUCUGAAGUAGGAGUUCCUGGGAACCCGGACUGGGUUCCCUGCUCCUGAAUGACGGUCUCAGUGCCACCUGUUUUAAACUCUUAACCUGGAACUCCUUAAGUGGCAGGUGGGCGACGUUACCAGAGCUGAAGCUGGCUUUGCUGAGAAGCUCCCUACCUGCCUGCCCUUCUCUUUCCUCCUGGAAUGAAUGAUUGGCGCUGGGCGGGCGGGCGGCCACUGCCCAGUCUGCUCUCUUUAAAUCUGACCUUAAGCUCACAUCUCUUCGGUAUCUCUCUGCCAAUACCAAGGUCUUUCUCUAGUCAGGCCUCUAACCCUGCUGUUUCUGUAGCACUGCUAGCUCCCCAACAUCUUUCCUUUAUUUUUUAAUUAAUUAAAAUUUUAAUUUAAGAUGAGUUCUCUUAAUUCCCCCCAUCCUGCUACUACCUCUGUCCUUAACUCCAUUGCUGUUAGGGGCCUUAUUAUAUCCCACUGAAUGACAGUUGAGAGGUGGAUGUUAACCUGAUGACAUUCCAUUUAAGUCUUAGGGACCUGGCCUGCCCUCUGCCAACCUCCCUGCUGGCCCAGGUGAGAGAAGGAAGAGGGAUCUGGAGAGAAAGCCAGAACUCAGCAAAACUAGGCGUUUUGUAUGUCUCAGGGUGGACUUCCUGACCCUUGAGGGCGGGAGGCGGGUGAGAAACAGGUUAAGAGCAGUCAACUGUGAGUUUCAGGAGCUUAAGACCCUCACUACCUGGGAGCAAGGAGACCCACCGAGCAAGGUCUCUCAGCCUAGACACUGGACAUUCGGGGCUGGAGAAUUCUUUGUCAUGGGGAUCUGUCCUGUGCAUUAGGAUGUUUAGCAGCAUCCCUGGCCCACCCUAGAUAUGACAACCAAAAAUGGCCCCAGACUUGCCAAGUAUCUCCUAGGGGGACAAAAUCACCCCCAGUUGAGAGCUACUGCUCUAGAGUCAAGAUAUUUUUCUCUUUGAUUCCCUCCCCUGCCCAGUACCCCAUCCCAUGAUUCACCCUAAGCCUGAGCCUUGAUGAACUAGGGCCCUUGUAGACUAGGCUUCACAGGGCUGCAUACAACCUCCAAACGACUGUUCAUUGUGUUGCUUGCCCUUGCAUGCGGUGUCUCUGUGACGGACAUGUGCUGUGCUUCUGUUCCCGCUCUCGGAGGAGGGUUUCCUGCGUGGAGGUGUGAACAGGGUGUGGUGGGAUUGGGGAGCGAGGAGAGAAGCUGCAGACACCCCAGCUUAUCCUCCCCGAAUUUUAAAGCUCAGGGAGUUUUGUCUGAAGACCGCCCCCCGCCCAGCUGAAGAGUGCUCUCGGUGGGAGAGGGAUGGAGGAGCAGGGUCUUUAGGCACUUUGUUUUCUCAGGUCUUCUUUGUUCUGGCCCCUUCCUCGUGGGAAGCUUUGGAAGGCAGAACAGGACAGAGGAGCUGUCAUUUAGUAGCUCGGGGGUCAGGAAUGUGGGAACUGGGAUCCACCAUCCAUCCAGUUUGCCCCCACCUACAGUGACUGAGGUUAAAUUUUUUCAAGUUUCAGGGUAUUUCCUGAAGUUUUUCAGGGUCCGAGUGAGAUUGGUCAUAGAGAUACUUUCACAGUUGACCUUUCCGUCUAGCUAGUUGCUCCGGAAGUAGUCAAUAGCCUGAGGGUUAUACUAGAUCUGAAGGGUUGACAGGACAGGGCAGAAAGAUGGGGGACUCCUGGAAUCACUGGUCACCUUGAUCUUCAGCCUUAUCCUAAUGCCUAUUCUUUGGACACAGACUUGUCUUUGGUGCUCUCUCGCCUUUAGUUCCGUCUCUGAUGUGUAUGCUGCCAUCACUUUAACAAUAUUUAGAGUGAUGACAAUGGGUCUGAGAGUCAUAAUUUAUAUUAAAAAAUUUGUUGGACUUUUAAAUGCAUUUUUCAAAUAAAAAAGUUUAAGCAAAA